ACAUGGUGGGCACCACUAGCCAACUAUUGGUCAGAUAAUUGGUGGCUCUGUUAUCAGCCAUUUAUUCAAUUCAUGGAACGUUGGCAAUCUAUAGUGAACAAGGCAUUAACCAUUGUUACCCAAAUCAACAAGAACCUACAGGUAGGUGAUGACUUUUGCUUUCUCAAAGCUCUAGUUGGCUAGUUUAUAAAACCCUUGGAAGGUCCAGGAUAUAAGGAGGAAAUCUGAGCUAAAGAUGAAAUGUUUGCCCUGGGUCACUUGCCUGAAGCUAUUUAAGAGGGAGGAGAGACCCUUUCUGUCUUGUGGGUAUCCCUUGGUCUCUCUGGGGCUGCAAGGAGGUGGAGUAGGCUAGGAAAGUAGGGGGUUCUCCCUUUGGUGUGUGCUGUGGCGGUGUUAGAUGCUCUGUCCUGUCUCCCAUCUAACUCCAGGAAGAUUGGACAGAGCCAGCUAGGGUGGCAGCUAGAUGGAACAGAGCUUGCUGUCCCCUCUCAACCUGCCUCUUCCUAGGAUGGAAUCUUAGUUCUGGGUGACCUGGAGGUCAGGGAAGGACUGAGUCCCAAGCAGGCUCCAAGGUACCUUCUUGCUCCUGGGACCAGGAACCAUCAGUUUAAUGAUACUUGGGGGGUUAAUGAUAAAAGAUUUAUUUGAAACCACAAUGCUUAGGUAGAAGCAAGGGGAGGGCCUGGGUUCUGAGUCCACCAGAUACACCAUAGGCCUCCACCUGGGCAUGGGGAGGACAUCCCCCACCUGAUGGUGCCUGGUGGGGUUUCUGAGUGGGCUUUUCCAUAGUCUGAGGUUUACUUUCCUAAUGGCACUCUCACCCGAGGAUCAGCUCUGCCAUCAGACUGCUGAAGCCAGUUUCCUGCAUCCACGGCCCAUGUUCCCUUUCUUUGCCUGAUUCCCACCGCCAACACCUGCUGUCCGAGCAGAGCACUGCUAGUCCUCUUCCCCCUGAGUCCCUCUCUGGACAUUAAGGGCCAUGUACAGGAUUCCUGGACAGUUCCCCCUGCCAUGUCACACAAGCUGCUGACAUUGUCAUGGAAAAGAGAAGCACACUCACUGGCAGAAGAGUGGGAGACAUAGAGCAGUACUAAGAGCAUCCGUCUCAUCUCUGCCAUCCCCAAAGUGAACUGCAGCAGACACCAUGGGCAGCUGUGAAAACACAAUAUCCAGUGGCACAGGCUUUUCCUCUCGUCCCUAAAGCGGCAAUCCCCCCACUGCGUCAGAGGCCCUGCCUCUUUCCUUUCCCCUGACAAAGCCUUCAAAACGUGGGAAACAGACCUGUCACGUCCCAAUUGCUUGGUUCCAUGCAGUGAAGGGCUCAAGGACCAGCUGCCCAGCACCGAUAUUGUUAGGAUUGGGAAGAUGGCCCACAGAGAGGAGGCAGCCCCUGUGUGUCAGUUUUCUCCUCGAUCCAGCCAGGGUCCCCAGGCUCCCCAGAGAGUUGGGUCUCAGAAGAGGGUUGUUUUUUGACUCAUGGAACCUGACCCCUUUCUUAACUCUGUAGCCAUAAAAUGCUGCUGAAAGUAAAAGCAGGGUUUACUGCAAGCCCACCCCUGGCUUUGCCCAUCCUGCCACACUCAGCUGGCUUAAAUGAUGCUGGCAUUUCUUUUCACUGCUGACCACUUAUACUUUUACAUCAUAACCGCCCAGUUUGUAGCUCUGUUAAUUUGUGCAAUAACCGGACAAGGCAGACAAUAUCACUGUCCCCAUUUUACAGAUUCAGAAACUGACAUUCACACACAGAAACCUGCCCCAGGUCACACAGCUGCCAAGUGGUGGAGCUGGAAUUUGAACUGGGGUACGUCUGAGUUCAAAGCCCACACGUGUCUCCCCACCCACCAUGCCAUCAGCCCCACUCUUGCCUCAAACUGUGCACAAUAGCCGUUCUCAGUCACCAUGUUCCGCUCAUGACACUGGAUGUUUCUCGUCAGGAUGGCUCUCAGAGUCUUCUGUGAACUGCUACUGCCGAAGGAGAAAUGAACUCACUCUGACCUUACACAGCAGAGCUCAACAGAGGGAUUCCUUCUACCACCUUGGGAAGAAUGUUCCAUUGUGGCAUCACAGUUACCAUGGUAUCACCAAGCAAAUGUCUAGACAUGGAGACCUAGGAGGAGCCAGGAUGAAAAGCCUGCCUGUUUCCUAAACUUGGCAAGGCUAUUCUGGAAGCCUGGCUUUCCCCAAGUCUGGCUGAGAAGACAUCCUUUUUGCUAGAUCACAAAGCCCUGUCCCAUUGCAGCCGUGGUCUGUCUACUUCCGCAGCACCCGCCCUGUGUCUACACAACUUUGUCAGACUGGAUGGAGGAAGCCCACGACUAAACUGAGUCUGGUUUUUCCAAUCCCCAUAAGCAUUCUUACAUUCUCAGUGUGGUUUCCUGGAGCCCAGUUUUCCCUAGCCCUUUGGCUUGACGGUCCCAGCGAAGCCACCAGACUGUCGGCUCUGCCAAACCAUAGGGUCAGAUGGGAUCUGCACUCCAGCCACUGUUAGCAGCUUUGGUUUCAGCACAAAUGGCAGGACUCAAGAGAGCUGUUGACAACAUUGUGAUGAGGGAGGGAAGACAAUCCUGCAGCCUCUUCAAGUCCUGGGAGCCUUCUCACUUCAGCAGCAUUAAAACCACGCAGACACGGACAGAGCGAGCGAUUGCCUCGCUGGCUGCCACCCAGCCUCUUUGCUCGCCCCUCGGGACCCGCCCGGCGCAGCCAGUGGACGAGGGACAAAUCAUCGCCCCCACAGGCUGUCUGACCCUGAAGGUAAUAACACUCAAAGAAAUGGCAUUGAAUUCGAGAGCAAAUUCAAGGCAUCUGCCAUGCUUGUGCUAAACAUCCUCUUGUUUCCAAGUAAGGGAACGUGACGGUCAUUUUCUGAACGGUCUGGGAUUUUAGGAAGAAAAUGAUUCAAGAAUGCAGCAAUCAAGCAUUCAUGCGGUGGUUUGUGAUAUUGGCUGCACAUGAGAAUCAUCUGGGGGCUUUGAGAAACCUCCGUGUCCUCCCUGGUCCCACCCCAGACCAGCUGAGUCAGAUGCUGAGGGGCCUUGGCUCCCCAGGUGGUUCCAACACGCAGAGCACGAGAAGCUCGAGAAGCUCGCUUCCUGACAAUUCAGGUGGAAACACCUUCAGCUGCCAGCACCGAAGCUACUCAACUUUGCAGGAAUACACCUGUAGGAGGAACCAAAGCCCUCCCAAAGGACCCUUCAGCUGUUGUGCCGGGAAAGCUCUGGGCAAGCUCAGUGGUGGGGGGGACAAGACGCAGGUGAGCCAGGCUCCCGUUCACUCACCCGCUACUCAUCUGUUCACUUAUUCACUCCAUGUUUCUAGGGUCCCCUCUGUGCCAAACCCUGGAAUGGGCCCUGGGGAAACCAAGUCAGAAAGAAGGCCUGGUGCCUCCCUCAGAAAUCUCGAAGUCUGGCAACCAGGUGUGAGACGUGCUCUGGAAGAAGCCAUGGGCUUUCAGGGGAAGGAUCCUGUCACCUAGGUCACCUAGCCUGGCAGAGCAGGAGGAGGGAGCAUCCUUGAAGACAGCUUUCCGAAGGAGGGGACACCUGACUGGAGACAUGGUGAUGGACCAGAAUCUCAUGGACGGGGUGUGAACCCAGGAGACUGAGAAGGGUACUUGUUUUUGUGUUGGAGAUCAAAGUGCAGCAAACUGAACAUUUCAAAUAUGAUAAAGGAAAGGACUCUCCUGCAACUACCUCUCCAUAGAUGCCUAACUAAAGGUUCAAGACUGGUGUCUCCACAGAGCUGCAGACCUGUCUAGUGGCUCCUGGACUCCGUGGAAAUCUCGAGCGCGGUUCCUAAUGCGCCCCGCCCCUGAUCACGUGGGACCAAGUCCGCAGACUGUCUAUUGCUUCUGCCUGGGCCGGCCUCCUGGAUCGACUGCUCCAGUCUGGCGCGUCCCCGGCGCGGGAAAAGUUUCAAUUCUGGCUAGCUGUCGCAGCGACCUCCUUACCCUUCACAACCCGGGCCUGCCUCCGCUUUCUCCUGCUUUUUACAUCCCGGACUCCUAGCCUCACACGAGUGGAAGCGGAGAAGUUGAAGCCGCCGCCGCCGCCAUGUCCGAGGCUUAUUUCCGGGUGGAGUCGGGUGCACUCGGGCCUGAGGAGAACUUUCUGUCGCUGGACGACAUCCUGAUGUCCCACGAGAAGCUCCCGGUGCGCACAGAGACCCCCAUGCCUCGCCUCGGGGCUUUCUUCCUGGAGCGGAGCGGAGGUGCCGAGACUGACCACACGAUUCCUCAGGGCUCAAAGCUCGAACUCCCCCUGUGGCUGGCAAAGGGACUUUUUGACCACAAGCGGCGGAUCCUUUCUGUGGACCUUCCCAAGAUCUACCAGCAAGGUUGGAGGACCGUGUUCAGCGCCGAUGCCAACGUGGUGGACCUCCACAAACUGGGGCCGCAUUUCUAUGGGUUUGGCUCCCAACUCCUGCAUUUUGACAGUCCAGAGAAUGCAGACAUCUCCCAGUCUCUCCUGCAGACAUUCAUUGGACGUUUCCGCCGCAUUAUGGACUCCUCCCAGAACACUUACAAUGAAGACACUUCGGCAUUGGUAGCCAGGCUGGACGAGAUGGAGAGGGGCUUAUUUCAAACAGGGCAGAAAGGACUGAAUGACUUUCAGUGUUGGGAGAAGGGGCAGGCUUCUCAGAUCACAGCUUCCAACCUCGUUCAGAACUAUAAGAAGAGAAAAUUCACGGAUAUGGAAGACUGAAGGUCAGAAGAACACAGAAUUGCUCCUUGUGGAGUUACUGCUCUGUGUGUCCUUGAUAGAUCCUCAUUGACCUUAUAAAGGGCCAUGUCAUGGCUUAUUUCCCACAACAGUGUCGGGAGCAGUGCCAUCUGUUUGGGAAAGGACGUGGUGCAGGAAGUCCCUGGCCUGUAUGGCUUAUAAGACUCUCCCACCCUGCUGACCCAUAGCCGGGGAGAAACCAAAGUCUUUUGUAAAAUACAGUUACCACAUGCAUCAUAAUACAAUUGGAACUGGGAUCCCUUAUAUCCGGGAGUGUGACACCCUCCGAUGUCCACUUUCGCUGCUCCAAAGGACAGGUACAAAUGGGCCAUCUGCCCACAAAUGUUCUCUUGAACUUAACUGCUGCAUCUUCCUUAUGGCUGCUCCGAGGACAGCACCUCCAGAAUGCUGGCCUUACUUGUGAAUGUCUCCUGCGUCCUGCCUGCGAGGAGUCACCCCAAUUUCCAGAAACAGUUGCCAAGAAUAAAGAAGGAAAAUGAUAAGACAGAUGAAUGGUAGGGCUUUUACUAAAGAGAAAGCAUUGCUCUCCUCCUCUGCAGUCAGGGCUUUGGGGACGGGGCUUCACAAAACUCUGUGGUCAGCCUGGAGGGGAAAUGGUUAACCUGAGCUUGUCUUUCGCCUUGAGAUCUUUAGAGCCACCCGCCCAGCAAUCCAUUCCCUCCCUAGAAAAGCUGUCAUGGAGUCAUUUGCAGCUGCAUAGUAGUUAUUAAAGGGUGUUAACCAAGCCGUCUUAUUUUGAAAGCUGGACUUUAGGAUUGCUGGUUAGGAAGAGCCCUGUUUGAGAAGCUGAACAUGGCAAAUGUAAGUGGCAGGAGACCUUGACUAUGUUCUUCCUCUUUGGUCAAUUUUGCGGCAUUAUGACCUAGAGGAUUCCUGACCGUUUACCGAGAAUGUGUUUAAGCAUGUUUAAGCAAGCUCAAAACUCUUCCUGGAGAUCAAGGCAGAAACCUCAGGCUGAGUAAGAAGCAUCGUUCCCUGGGGGACACCAUCUGACGGGCAGUUGUCUCCACACCAGCUUCCCAUAACGACUGAGAAUGGUCUUUGUCAUUAGAAAUCAUAGAGGGGUUUGGGUAUUCAGAUUGUGCAGAUGUCUCGAUGCAAACUUGGAAUGCCAGAACAGCUUUUGAAAUGCAUGUUUUAAGAUGGAACCGAUGUUUUUAUAAUUUGAUUUUGGUGCUAAAUAAAUGACCCACUUAGCACAUGAA